AUUGUGUGCCAAUUGAGAUUAUCCAACAAAGACUGUCAUAGCUGCAAUUGUUAUUUGAUAUUUUUGAGCUUAAUAAUCUUAUACAUUUGAUUAAGCAAAUUCAUCAGGAAGCCUGCACCUUGUGCAUGUAUUUGUAUUUAUAAUAAUGUGUAUUAAGACUGUGGGAUACUUUUUUCAGACAUGCAUUUUUCUUUUUAUGUAUGGAAUGUCCAUGUUCAAAUGCUUUGUCCUCUCUCCAUAUAAUAGAUGGAGCCAGCUCUAAGACAACAACAACAACAACUACGAAAACAUCGAGUGGAUUUACGAAAAAGUCUGCUCCUCCAGAUGCACAAAGUUUAGCAGAACAAUUUUCCAACUGCAGCAGCCCAGGGACCAGUGGCUCUAUCACUGUCAAAUACCAAGCUUGGAAUUCAAGAGAUGGUUUAAUAGAAAAUACUGAGCAGACAAAAACAUGGGGAGGUGGGACACAUAAUUUGUCCAAAUCAAAAUACCCCAGCACGUUGGCAAAUCUUGGCAAAUCACGGGGUGCAAUAGCAGCAUUAGCUGGAGCCAAGAGUGCCAGAGCAGCAUUCCAAGGAAUGGAUGCCAAGACUGGAGGAGCUCCUGCCAAACCAAAUUUCUUACAAGCUGGAGCUGGUAGGGGCAGGGGCGGAGGAGGGGUGACAAGGAGCCCCAGUGCUAUCAAACAAAUGUUACUCAGUUGGACACAAGCAAUGACCAAAGAAUAUGCGAAUUAUGGAGUAAACAUAACCAACUUCUCAAGUUCAUGGAAUGAUGGAAUGGCAUUCUGUGCUUUGAUUCACCACUUUUUUCCUGAUGCCUUUGACUUCACUAAUCUUGAUUCCAAGAACAGGCGGGCAAACUUUACACUGGCAUUUGAUACAGCUGAAAAACUGGCAGAUAUUUCUCCAUUAUUGGAUGUAGAAGAUAUGGUCCGCAUGAAGACACCAGAUUGGAAAUGUGUAUUCUGCUAUGUUCAAAUGAUGUACAGAACACUUCGCUCACAUGAGGCCAACCAAGGAAAAGCUGAGCAAUAAUGCAACUCAGUCCUCUUGGUUACAAUAUUUUUUGAAACCAUCACUGUGAGAAACUUAGUGAAUUGAUCAUGUCUAUAACAGCUGAUGCAUGGUAAAAUAGAUGCAAGAGUGGAUUUGAAUGAAACAGUUGUUUGAUUUAGCUCUGUGAGCAAUAAUUAAAACUGUUUUGUCUAAAGUGCAGAUUCAUCACCUUCAUUCGCCUUCAAAGCUUGUGACAUCAGAUAUUUUUGUGCCUUAAGUAUCAACAUUUUAGAAGAACAGUAAAGGAGAGGAAAAGAUUUUAAAGAUUUUAUUGGUCAAUUACCAUAUUGAAUUUAUAAGUUUGCCAAGAUAUUGCAGGAUGCUGUCUUUGAAGUCACUGUACAUUUGCCAGUGCACUACACAAAGGUGUAAAGCAUCUGCUGUUAAACAUUAUUUUAUACAAUAUAAUAUAGUCAGUUUUUGUAUUGUUAUAAAAAGAUGAAUGAAUUGCAUAGAACAUUAUCUUUUAUUUCAAAUUUAGUUGUGCAAUAUUUAUGAGAGAGUUUAUAUGUUGUGUAUAUAUUAUAAUAUAUAUAUAUAUAUAUGUAUAUUUUUAACCCUGGCAUCCACCUUGCAUGGCAGUAGAUGUUGGUGCUUUCAAGUAGAAUGGUGCUUUUAUCCCUUGACCAAUAUACCAGUACUUCUUCACAGUUUAUUUUUAAUCAGGCAGAUUUAUGCUUGUGAGAAACAGUAUGUUCACCAUCCCAUGCUGUUGCCAUUUUGUCUCUCAAAUCCACUUGUUAAGUUCAGACACCUUUUUAACUUCAUUUCAACUGACACACUCUGCUAAGGAUAAACUAUUUUCAUUUAUUGUAAUGGUAUACUAUAAUUUCAUGUAAUAAAAUGGAGUUUAUAAUGUGCUGGUAAAACAUCAAGCCAAAUAUUUUGAAUAUGGAGAGCAUUAACUUUGCCAUAUUUGAACAAGUUGUGAUGUAUUUUCCCCCCUUACUUGAACUUCUUUAUUCCCUAAACACCUUUGCUUCUCCCUUUACUUUUUUGUAUAUAUUUAUAAUUAAUUUUUCCUGUAAGUUAGGUUAUAGUCAGUAGGGAAUUAUUUGCCAUAUUACUGAUCAUUAUUUUCUACUAAUUAAAUCUAGUCUGAACAUGACUGCUCUUUUAAUGAGAAAAUAUCCAUUGAAUACAUUUCAACUGAAAUAAGGAUUUUAAAAUUAAAUUGUUUUAAGUAAGCGACAUUGUAUUGUUUACAACAAAUCAUUUUAGCUUGGUUGUGAUAUAUUUGCUCUUUAGCUACACCAUAGCAUUUAAGUUCUUUUCAGAUCAUUAAGGUGUUUUUUUUCUCUGGUCAUUUCUGUUAUUGCUAUAAAUAAAAUGUCUGUUUUAAUAUAA